CGCCGGGGGGCGGGGGAGGCUCGGGAGCGGGCGGUGACGGCGGCGGCGCGGAGGAGCCAGCGGCUGGGCCCGGGCCCCGUGCGUCUGUCCGCGCCCCGUGGAUGCUAAUCGGCCGCGGCGAAGGCGGAGGCGGCGGCGGCGGAGGAGGAGGAGUCGGUGGGCCGGCGCCGGGCCGGUGGGAGCGCGGAGGAUGAGGCCGCUGCCGGGCGCUCCCGGCGUGGCGGCGGCCGCCGCGCUGUUGCUGCUGCUGUUGCUGCCCCGGGCCCGGGCGGACGAGCACGAGCACACGUAUCAUGAUAAAGAGGAAGUUGUCUUAUGGAUGAAUACUGUUGGGCCCUACCAUAAUCGCCAAGAGACAUAUAAGUACUUUUCACUUCCAUUUUGUGUGGGGUCAAAAAAAAGUAUCAGUCAUUACCAUGAAACUCUGGGAGAAGCACUUCAAGGAGUUGAAUUGGAAUUUAGUGGUCUGGAUAUUAAAUUCAAAGAUGAUGUGAUGCCAGCCACUUACUGUGAAAUUGACUUAGAUAAAGAAAAGAGAGAUGCAUUUGUGUAUGCUAUUAAAAAUCACUACUGGUACCAGAUGUACAUAGAUGACUUACCAAUAUGGGGUAUUGUUGGUGAAGCAGAUGAAAAUGGAGAAGAUUACUAUCUUUGGACCUACAAAAAACUUGAAAUAGGUUUUAAUGGAAAUCGAAUUGUUGAUGUUAAUCUAACUAGUGAAGGAAAGGUGAAACUUGUUCCCAAUACUAAAAUCCAGAUGUCAUAUUCAGUCAAGUGGAAAAAGUCAGAUGUAAAAUUUGAGGAUCGAUUUGACAAAUAUCUUGAUCCAUCCUUUUUUCAACACAGGAUUCAUUGGUUCUCAAUUUUCAACUCUUUCAUGAUGGUUAUCUUCUUGGUGGGCUUAGUUUCAAUGAUUUUAAUGAGAACUCUAAGAAAAGAUUAUGCCAGGUACAGUAAAGAAGAAGAAAUGGAUGAUAUGGAUAGAGACCUAGGAGAUGAGUAUGGAUGGAAGCAGGUACAUGGAGACGUAUUUAGGCCAUCAAGUCACCCACUGAUCUUUUCUUCUCUCAUUGGUUCUGGAUGUCAGAUAUUUGCCGUGUCUCUUAUUGUUAUUAUUGUUGCAAUGAUAGAAGAUUUAUAUACAGAGAGGGGAUCAAUGCUCAGUACAGCCAUAUUUGUCUAUGCUGCUACAUCUCCAGUGAAUGGUUAUUUUGGAGGAAGUUUAUAUGCCAGACAAGGAGGAAGGAGAUGGAUAAAGCAGAUGUUUAUUGGGGCAUUUCUUAUCCCAGCUAUGGUGUGUGGCACUGCCUUCUUCAUCAAUUUUAUAGCCAUUUAUUACCAUGCUUCAAGAGCCAUUCCUUUUGGAACAAUGGUGGCUGUUUGUUGCAUCUGUUUUUUCGUUAUUCUUCCUCUAAAUCUUGUUGGUACAAUACUUGGCCGAAAUCUGUCAGGUCAGCCCAACUUUCCUUGUCGUGUCAAUGCUGUGCCUCGUCCCAUACCGGAGAAAAAAUGGUUCAUGGAGCCUGCAGUUAUUGUUUGCCUGGGAGGAAUUUUACCUUUUGGCUCAAUCUUUAUUGAAAUGUAUUUCAUCUUCACAUCUUUCUGGGCAUAUAAGAUCUAUUAUGUCUAUGGCUUCAUGAUGCUGGUGCUGGUCAUCCUGUGCAUUGUGACCGUCUGUGUGACCAUCGUGUGCACAUACUUUCUACUAAAUGCAGAGGAUUACAGGUGGCAAUGGACAAGUUUUCUCUCUGCUGCAUCAACUGCAAUCUAUGUUUACAUGUAUUCCUUUUACUACUAUUUUUUCAAAACAAAGAUGUAUGGCUUAUUUCAGACAUCGUUUUACUUUGGAUAUAUGGCGGUAUUUAGCACAGCCUUGGGGAUAAUGUGUGGAGCAAUUGGUUACAUGGGAACAAGUGCCUUUGUCCGAAAAAUCUAUACUAAUGUGAAAAUUGACUAGAGACCCAAGAAAACCUGGAACUUCGGAUCAAUCUCUCUUUCAUGGGGUGGGACUUGCACAGCAAAAAAAGCGCAAGAAGAGAUUUGGGCUUUCACACUGGGUACUUUGUGGGUCUCUCUUUCGUGGAUGGCUUAACGUAACAUCUGUUUCCAUUGAUCCUAGGUUCUUACUGACUGCUUUCUCCAACUGUUCACAGCAAAUGCUUGGAUUUUAUGCAGUAGGCAUUACUACAGUACAUGGCUAAUCUUCCCAAAAACUAGCUUAUUAAAGAUGAAAUAGACCAGCUCUCUUCAGUGAAGAGGACAAAUAGUUUAUUUAAAGCAUUUGUUCCAAUAAAAUAAAUAGAGGGAAACUUGGAUGCUAAAAUUACAUGAAUAGAAUCUUCCUGGCACUUAGUGUUUCUACAUUAUUGAAAAAUGAUGUUCCAGAAAGAUUACUCUUUUCUCUUAUUUUUACUGUCAUCGUCAAUCUGUUGUGGGACAUUUUUAUAUAUUGAAUCUGGGUUCUUUUUUGACCUGUUUUUUUUCCCCUCAAUUCAACUGCAUCAUUUUUUUUAAAAGAGAAAAUUAAGAAAUAUUAAAUCCUGCAUGUAAUAUAUCCGCUGUCAUCUUAGUUGGACCAACUUCCCAUUUAUUUAUCUUAAAACUUCAAUUCAUUCUUAAUUCCAUCCAAAGAAGAUACAGUCUGAAGAUAGAGGUGUACUCUCUACAAUGCAAUUUACUGUACAGUUAGAAAGCAAAGUGUUAAAUGGAGAAGAUAUUUGUUUUUAUUAAACAUUUUGAGAUUUAGAUAAACUACAUUUUAACUGAAUGUCUAAAGUGAUUAUCUUUUUCCUUCCCCCAGGUUAGUCUUACAUCUUUUUUGGGUUUGAAUGAAGGUUUUACAUAAGAAAUUAUUAAAAACGAGGGGGGUGGGUAAUAAAUGUAUAUAACAUUAAAUAAUGUAUCGUAGGUGUAGAUUCUCAAAUGCAUUUGGAUGUACAGAUUGACUACGGAGUACUUUUUUCUGAUGAUGAUUGGUGUAGAAAUGUGUGAAUUUGGGUGGCUUUUUACAUCUUGCCUACCACUGCAUGAAACAUUGGGGUUCCUUCAAAAUGUGUGUGUCAUACUUCCUUUGGGAGGGGGGAUUGUUUUCUUCUGUUUCUUUUCUGAGACUCCUACAGGAGCUAAAUUUGUAAUUUAGAAACAUUUAAUUUUGUUAAUCCUGUCUGGGGCACUUAAGUAACAUCUAAAGCAUUACUGCUUUAGAGUGUUAAAAUAAACUUUCCUGACCAAA